AUGGAGUCACAUUCACGCCUUCAACUUGAAGCCCGACGCAAAGCCAAGGACCAGGCGCUGGAAAAACCGGUUUGGCAGACUCUCCAAAGCAAGCCGCGCAAGCAUAAACUUUCGACUACGGAUGAUGUCAGACCUGCCCAAAAAUGGGUGAAGACUGGCAAUCCAGGUCACGAACCGAAAGUAACCGCACCACCUGCUCAAAACAAAAAAGACAGCAAAAACCGCAAUGAUCCAGAACGACCGCUACCUUCCUCAGCUUCGGAUUUCGAGUCAGAGGUGGAACCUAGUAUCCAGCCUAAGAAGAAGUCCAAGAUGGCGCACAAGGCAGCGGCAGUGUCUGUUGACUCAUCGGAGCCCAAUUCAGAUGCCAGCGAGCACAGUAUGUCUGAUGCAUCCGACAAUGAAGAAUCUGAUAUGGAGCUGGCGGAGAGUGUCGCUAAGGCAUUGUUCGGAGAGAUCCCUACAAUUGCCAAUAAGACCUCAAGUUCAUCGCAGUCGUCAAAAACUCCUCCUCCACCCAUCUGGGGCUCGCAACUCAGGCCUCUGAACGCGCGAGAGAGAAAACACGCAGCGGAGACCCCCUUGUGGGACUCAGUGAUGACAAGCUCGUCAUUUGUGUCACAGGCUCCCACUCCACGCACUGACAAGGGCAACAGGUCCUUUUCCGAGUCCACACUAGCCGGAGACGAGGCUGAAGAUGACCACAGUCCCACCCUCGAUAUCAAGUCCGAGCCUGACAGCACCAACGAUUCUGACGCCGAGCCCCACCCUCUCAAAUCCAAGGCACACUCACUUCAAGAAGACCCUAUUUCCCAUCUUGUUUACACAAAGACUGGGUCAGUCCGACUCAUGGACCAGAACGUCGAACUGCGUAAGGUAAUUCAACGUGGCAUUCUCGAAGUCAAGGCCUACAUUGCCUUCGAGCAUGGAUACCCUGAAAUUGCGGCCCGAAAUGUAUAUUCACGCGAAAUACUGCUGAAGGCUGCGCAGUACCACAACACGGCGCCGAUCGAGAAACGGAUGCGGAUCGAUGAUGAGUAUUUGUCUGCCCUCAGCAAUCUAAUUGAUGCUCGUGCUAGCCUGUUUCGCAGCGAUAUCAAGGAUGUGGCCAGCAAAAGUAUUCUAGGCUACUUCCGACUCGGCAGUUUUGGCUGCGACGGAAUCCUUGACAGGCUUCUUGCCAAUCAUUCAUACGUUUUCCCGCAAACGUUUGAUGCUCAAGGCCUUCCUUCACCGAACCGAAAGAAGCUGUAUCAAUCCCAGCCCUUUGGACAGCGCUUCUGUGAUAUCGCACGGAAUAAAGGUGGUCGUCCGGAGAUUCCAAUCCCUAUGUUGGCUAUGGUCUGCACUGCCAUCCGUGCCAUCCUCCUUGCAAAGAAGAAUAAGUCAAGUGAUGAUUUCAAGUUUACCGGUAAUCAGUUUUUUGAUAUCUAUAACCACCACGUGGUUUUGUUGGAGAGGAUCCUGACGACGGCACCUGUCAAAUUUCAUAAGAUGAUGGCAGAUAUAUACGAGGAAGUACAUCGCUUCCGUCAUAGCAUCACCGGAGUCUAUGACCAGGAUGACGGCCUUGCAUUCUUGGACUUGGAGGGCAUGGAGGACGAGUAA